UCUCGUCGUAUGGCUUCAAGACCGCUUGACCCCAGUGCUUGCAUCAGUUGGAUGAGAUGGUCGGGACCUUAACGUAGAUCCGAGGCGGGGCCCCGCGCUUUGCCCAGGAACAUGGAGGCCGGUCUAACAAAGCCGUCGCAAGCCGACACCAUGCUCAUCCCCCUUCCAGCUUCGGUUGCCGCUCGUUCACGACACCUAAUCCUCCAGGCAAUGCAGAGCGAAGUCUCAUGAGAUAGAGGCAGCAUAGGCGAUCCGGAACUCCGCGAAAAUGGCAGGCACAUCAAUCCGCACCCUGUCGAGGGUAUUGACUCGAGGGUCGUCGCUCGCUUCAUCCACCCCGGCACUUGUCUCGUCUCGACGGCAGUAUUCGAGCCACCCUCCCAAUGCGAGACUCAAUCUCCCGACCGACUACUCAACUACUCCUCUACUAGCACACAGCUCGCAGUCAGCGUUGAGCAACCCCGAGCUGCCACCCGAAGCCCGCAAUGGCACCACAAAGCGAAUGAACCUCUUCCAGGCGGUCAACGACGCCCUCUCCAUCGCGCUUGCCGAAGACGAGUCCGUCUUGAUCUUUGGCGAAGAUGUCGCCUUUGGCGGCGUCUUCCGCUGCACGGGCAAGCUUGCCGAGACAUACGGGGGUGCGCGGGUGUUCAACACGCCGCUCACCGAGCAGGGCAUCAUGGGCUUCGCCAUCGGCGUGGCAGCCGAGGGGAUGCGGCCGGUUGCCGAGAUACAGUUUGCCGACUACGUCUACCCGGCCUUUGACCAGCUGGUCAACGAGGCCGCCAAGUUCCGCUACCGCGACGGCGCCUGUGGGCGGAGCGCUGGCGGGCUGACCGUCAGGAUGCCGUGCGGCGGUGUCGGCCACGGCGCACUCUACCACUCUCAAUCGCCCGAGAGCCUGUUCACGCACAUCCCUGGUUUGCGCGUAAUCAUGCCCCGGUCGCCGCUCCAGGCGAAGGGGCUGCUGCUGUCCGCAAUUCGCAGCAACGACCCGUGCGUCUUCAUGGAGCCCAAGAUCCUCUAUCGGGCAGCGGUCGAGCAGGUCCCAACAGCAGCAUACACACUGCCUCUGUCCAAGGCCGAGGUGCUGAAGGAAGGGUCCAACGUUACCAUCGUGUCAUACGGUCAGCCGCUCUACAAGUGCAUGGCGGCGCUCAAGCAGGCCGAGCAUGAUUUCGGUAUCUCGGUGGAGUUGAUCGAUCUCCGGACCAUCUACCCCUGGGACAAGGAGACCGUGUUCCAGAGUGUUCGGAAGACGGGCCGGUGUCUUGUCGUCCACGAGGCCAUGAUCAACGCUGGUGUCGGAGCCGAGGUCGCUGCGGCAAUCCAGGAAGAUCCCGAGACGUUCAUCAGGUUGGAGGCGCCCGUCGCUCGGGUUGCUGGGUGGAGCAUCCACACUCCGUUGUUGUACGAGGCGUUCAAUGCGCCCGAUGUCGCAAGAAUAUAUGACAAUCUUAAGAAGGUAUUGGAGUACUGAGUUGGAUAUAAAUAGAUGUCGAUGUCAAAUCAGAGCAGGCGUGGCGUUGAUGGGCGAACCGGCGCAUUUCGGAGGAGAGCGGGUUCUUCUUACUUUGGCACAUGUUCAUUAUCUGCAAGAGCUGCAAUCGGCUGUCUCACAGUUAUUUUAUGUGUUGCUUCGUCCGACUCUGGUGCCUUAUGGAGAAGUUGAUGAAAUGAUGAACUCUUGCUGAA